AUGGACUUCGAGGCGCUGAAAGAUCAAUGGAGCGAUGUGGAGGACCGGGAUGGAAUUAGGCUCAGUUGGAACACUUUCCCGAGCACUCGCAUGGAAGCCUCUCGGCUUGUCGUCCCCAUUGCCGCCGUCUACACCCCUCUGAAGGAGAAGCCCGAUUCUCCAUUGCUUCAAUAUGAGCCUGUCAGCUGCAAGCAACCCUGCCGCGCCGUCCUCAACCCAUAUGCCACUGUGGAUGUCCGCGCACGAAUCUGGAUUUGCCCAUUCUGUCUAUCUCGUAACCCUCUUCCUCCUCAUUAUAAGGACAUUACCGAGAACACGAUACCCCCAGAGCUCCACCCCCAGAGCACGACGAUCGAAUACCAAUUGGCCCGGCCCGCCCCCGCGCCCCCAAUCUUCGUCUUUGUCGUCGAUACUUGCCAGGAGGAUGAUAGCCUGCAGGCUGUGAAGGAUGCUCUUAUUAUGAGCUUGUCACUUCUACCCCCCAAUGCGCUCGUUGGUCUUAUUACCUUUGGUACCAUGGCUCAAGUUCACGAGCUCGGCUACACUGAAUGCGCGAAGUCAUAUGUGUUCAGAGGUAGCAAGGAAUACACCGCAAAGCAAGUUCAGGAGAUGCUUGGUCUAGCGGGUGGUAUUCGUCCAGGUGUUCCUCAGCAACAACCCGCACGUCCUCCCCUCGGCCCAGCUGCGCGCUUCCUUAUGCCAGUUCAGCAAGCUGAAUUCCAGAUCACCAAUGUCCUCGAACAGUUGCAGCGUGAUCCCUGGCCCGUUGCCAACGACAAGCGUCCCCUGCGCUGCACCGGUGUCGCGCUGAGCGUUGCCGUUGGUCUGCUUGAGACUUCCUUCCAGAACGCCGGAGGCCGCAUUAUGGCUUUCACCAGCGGUGCUGCCACUGAAGGUCCCGGUCACGUCGUUUCGCCUGAGCUUAGAGAACCUAUCCGUUCCCACCACGACAUUGACCGUGAUAACAUCAAGUAUUACAAGAAGGCUGUCAAGUUCUACGAUAACCUUGCCAAGCGUGCUGCUAACAAUGGUCACAUUGUGGAUAUCUUCGCUGGAUGUCUUGAUCAAGUUGGUUUGUUGGAAAUGAAGAAUCUCUCCAACUACACCGGAGGUCACAUGCUCCUUACAGACAGCUUCACUUCGUCGCAAUUCAAGCAAUCGUUUAUUCGUGUCUUUGACAAGGAUGCUAACGACAACCUCCUGAUGGGCUUCAACGCUUCUCUCGAGGUGCUCACUACUAAGGAGCUGAAGGUCACUGGUCUCAUUGGCCAUGCGAUCUCGCUGAAUAAGAAGUCAAGCUCUAUUGGCGAGACCGAGUGCGGUAUCGGUAAUACAUGCGCGUGGAAGAUGUGCGGAAUCGACCCAUCAUCCAGCUACGGUGUUUACUUCGAGAUUGCCAACCAGGGCGGACCUGCUGCUGUGCAGCCUGGACCUCAGCGUGGUAUGAUGCAAUUCUUGACAUACUACCAACACUCCUCUGGUCAUUACCACCUGCGGGUGACCACAGCUGCGCGCCCACUUAGCGGACCCGCUGGUGACCCCACUCUGGCGCAAUCCUUUGAUCAAGAGGCCGCCGCUGUUCUCAUGGCCCGUAUUGCGGUGUUCAAGGCGGAGGUUGACGAUGGCCCUGAUGUUCUCCGUUGGGUCGAUCGUAUGCUGAUCAGGCUGUGCUCCCGAUUCGCUGACUACCGCAAGGAUGACCCAACAUCAUUCCGAUUGGAGAAGAACUUCACCCUAUACCCUCAGUUCAUGUUCCAUCUCCGCCGAAGUCAGUUCUUGCAGGUAUUUAACAACUCUCCUGAUGAGACUGCUUUCUAUCGCCAUGUGCUUAAUCACGAGGAUGCGGGCGACUCUCUUGUCAUGAUUCAGCCCACCCUCGACUCAUACUCAUUGGAGCAAGAGGGUGCUCAACCAGUGCUUCUGGACUCCGCUUCUAUCCAGCCUGCUCAUAUUCUCCUUCUUGAUACCUUCUUCCACAUUCUGAUCUUCAAUGGAGAGACUAUUGCUGAAUGGAGGAAAGCCGGUUACCAUGAGCAAGAAGGCUACGAGAACCUCAAGCUGCUGCUUGACCAGCCUAAGGAGGACGCUAGAGACCUCAUUGCCGAUCGCUUCCCGCUCCCUCGUUUCAUUGUCUGUGAUGCCGGUGGUUCGCAAGCUCGUUUCCUACUGUCCAAGCUGAACCCGUCAACCACCCACACUACUGGUGGCUACGGCGGCGGUGUUUCGUCACAGACCAUCUUCACUGAUGAUGUGUCACUCCAAACAUUCAUGGAUCAUCUGAUGAAGCUUGCUGUUUCUGGAACCAGCUAG